AUGCUACUUCCCCUGUCCCGGGUUAAUGAACCUCAGUCCUCCACUGUCUCAAAUCUUCGUCUGCCAAUAAAGGAUUCAAUCCCAAUUGUUGCAGAUUCAGCUACUCCGCCAACAGAGAAUGCAAGUCUAGUACAUCCACCAGGAAAAAUAGUUGAUCCCAUUGAGUGUCUUUCUUCAAAGACAGCUACCUUGUUACCAGCCUCCACUCCUACUCGUGUCACUGUUCGGGAAAGUAAGCAAGCUGAGCUUUCUCUUGAUUCUAACCAGUUCACAUCUUUGGUUUCUUUUGAAGAGGAAGAUGUGUCUUUGGUUUCUCCGGAGGAAGAAGAAGUGUUGUUAGAUUUAGACAAAGAGUCUGAUUCUACGGACCUUAUGACACUUUUGGGUAAACGAAUCAUCCGAGAAAGACCGGUAAAGCCGUCAACAAAAGCUAAAGAGAUGAUUUGGCAAGUUGCAUGUGGUGGAAGAGGUAAUCGAGGUCGUGGAAAGAGAGGUGGACGUGGCUAG